AUGUCGGGCUUCAGCGCGGAGCUCAUCGACUACCUCGAAGGAAGAAUCACUUUUGAGGAGUUUGACAGACGGAGAGAUGAGCGGAAAGCUGGGGAGGACACUGCGACUUCAGCAGCGGAGGAUGAAGGCUCAGAGAAGCCUGUGCCCUCCACAUCGACUGGACUCUCCGAGAAAAUUGAGGGAGUCAGCCCUGGGGUCCAGCUGGCCUUCGCUUCUAUCCUGGCCGCUCCCAAACCGGAGCUCUCUUCUGAAGACGAGGACGAUGAUGAUGAUGAUGAGGAGGAUGAAGGUGAUGCACUCAGCUACGUGGAUGACGAGAAAGAUGAAGACUACAGCGCAGAAGCAGAAGGGCAGGAGGACGGAGCGGGAACGAACCCAGAAGCCAGUGAGGGGAGGAAGAAAGCGAGAGCUCAGGGCAAGAAACACCGGAGGAAGAGGCCGGGGGAAGAGGAGGACGACGAGGACAACCCCACCGCUGGAGACGUGUUCGCUCUGGAGAUGGAGCUGAACCGCAAGAGCAAGAAGAUGAUGAGGGAGCGACGUAACCGCAGCAAACUUCCCCGAGCGCUCCGAGGCCUGAUGGGAGAAGCUAACAUCCGCUACGCCCGCGGAGAGAAGAGCGACGCCAUCCUGAUGUGCAUGGAAAUCAUUAGACAAGCUCCCAUGGCCUUCGAGCCCUUCUCCACCCUCACCAUGAUCUACGAGGACGAGGGCGACGUAGAGAAGGCCCUGCAGUUUGGCCUCAUUGCCGCUCACCUCAACCCGUCCGACUGCGACGAGUGGAUCCGCCUGGCCGAGAUGUCGCUGGAGCAAGACAACAUCCGCCAGGCCAUCUUCUGCUACUCCAAAGCGAUCAAGUACGACCCGACCAACGUGCGCUACCUGUGGGAGCGCUGUAACCUGCACAUGCGCCUGGGCGAGCACCGGCCGUGUAUGGACGGAUACCGCAAGAUCCUGAGCCUGCUGCCCCUGGAGGAGGGCGAGCACUUCAUGCAGCUGUCCAAAGACAUGGCCAAGAGUUACUACGAGAGCAACGACCUCCCCGCGGCGCUGGGGGUCAUGGAGGAAGCCCUCACGCGACACCCAGACCUGGUCAGCGACGACAUCAUCAACAUGGCGGGCGAGCUCUACAUCGCCAACCACCAGUACCACAAAGCCGUGGAGAUUUUGGAAAAGUUCUCAGGUAUUGAGGUGGUGAGAGAGGAUUCAGAGCAGAGCAGUGCAGAGGUCGAGUCAGCGACGGGUAAAGAUCAAGAAGAAGAAGUGAUAGAAAGUGUGAAGACGGAGCAGCCACCGGAGGGAAAUCCUGAAGAAAAAUGUGGUGAGAUUAAAGAUGUGCAGGUACCGGCCAGCGUCCCGAUCGAUCUGAAGGCCAAACUCAUCGUCUGUCUCAUCCAGCUCCACGUCUUCAAGCCUUUGGAGGGCCUGGUGGCGUCUGUGACCGAGCAGAGCCCAGAGGAAAUUGGAGACUUGUACCUGGACGUGAGCGAGGCGUAUCUGGAGGUGGGGAAGCACAUACAAGCCCUGCCGCUGCUGACGUCGCUGGUCAUAUCGGAGAAGUACAACCUGGCCGUGGUCUGGCUCCGGCACGCUGAGUGCCUGAAAGCCCUGGGCCACAUGGACGCGGCCGCAGACAGCUACUCUCGGGUGGUGGAGAAGGCCCCGCAGCACCUGGAGGCCCGUCUGUCUCUGGCCACGCUCCUGCAGCAGCUGGGACGUCCCAAAGAAGCUCUCAAAGCCCUGGAGCCCAUGUACGACAGUGAGACGCUGGCCCAGGACUCGGCCGCCGCGCAGAAGGAGCUGAAGCUGCUGCUGCAUCGUUCGACUUUACUCAAAACACAAGGACAGACCGAGGGAUAUUUAGACUCUAUGAUCAGCAUGCUCUCCAUGCUGCUGAAGGUGGCCAUGCAGCGCGCUCGUGUGGCGGUCCGCUGCGUGAAGAUCUCCGGGGAGACGCACCUCCGGCUGGCGAAGGCCCAGGCUCCGGAGGCAGAGAUUGCAGACCACGAGGCGGCCUACCUGGACAACAUGGGAAAAACCAACGUGUUGUCGAAAGAGGACUGGUGGCAGUUGUUGCUGAGCUGCUUGUUCACGCUGUGUGAGGUGCGGCGCUUUGAGGAGACCGACCUCCUGGUGGAGUCGGCCAUGGAGUUCUACUCCUUCUACGACAACAAGGAGAAGAGGAGAGAGCUGGAGUUCCUGGGCCUGUCGGCCACCAUCCUGGACCACAGCCACCACAAAGCCUACAACUACAUCCGAUUGAUGUUAAUGGAAAACGUGAAUCUACCUCAGCUCUGGAAUGUGUUUAACCAGUUGACCUGUAAGUCCCUGCACCAGCGCCACCAUCGCUUCUGCCUCAGACUUCUGCUGAAGAACCCCGACAACCACGCCCUGAGCGUGCUGUGCGGACACAACGCCAUGGUGUCCGGCAGCUUCAAGCACGCCCUGGGUCAAUACGUGCAGGCUUUCCAGACCCACCCCGACACCCCCCUGUACAGCCUGUGUCUGGGCCUCACUUACUUCCACAUGGCCUGUCAGAAAUAUGUGGCCAAGAGACACGCGCUCGUCCUGCAGGGCUUCUCCUUCCUGUGGCGGUACGUGGAGCUGCGGGGCGAAUGCCAGGAGACCAUGUACAACGUGGGCCGAGCGCUGCAUCAGAUGGGCCUCACGCAUCUGGCCAUUCACUACUAUCAGAAAGCACUGAGUCUGCCGCCGGAGAAGCUAGAGGGCAUAGAUGAAGACCAGGCGGACCUACGAAGAGAAAUCUCCUUCAACCUGUCUCUGAUCUACCAGGCCGCCGGGAACAUGGAGAUGGCCCAUGAGCUCAUAAGGACUCACUGCAUCAUUUAG